ACUAGCAGGAGAAGUGAAUGUGUGCGACAGGACCCUCUUCCGAUUUUCACCAACUUUUCUCCAGCUGUUGGGUUUUUGUUUUUUAGCAAGCCAGGAUUCAAAUUUCUUUCCGAUAUGUAAAUAUUUUAAAAAUAACAACGUAGCGGUAACAUUUUCCCUUUCUACAGAGAAAAAAAUCGUCAAAAUUCCGUUUUUAACACCAGAAGUUUUUGGCAAAUGUUUUGGCCCACUCUAUUAAGGGGUUUCGGCUCGAGCCAGAGCGGCUCUUCCAGUAAGCCGCCUAAGCCUCCAUCGACUCCAAAACCUCCCACGCCACCGAAACCUCCACCGCUCCCUCCGCCUAAAAAAGAGUGCAAGAUCCGGACCCACUGCAUUCCGGCCGCCUUUUGCGCCGAAAGCGAUAGGUUUAAGUCGAUGUGGGAGCCUCCCAAGAAUUUGCCUCCUCCUUAUCCCUUUGUGGUCAGCCGAUCCAAUGAACAUUGCUGCGGUCCCAACUGCACCAAGCCAUUACCCUCGUUCGACGAGUUGUACUACCGACCCUCCUGUAAGGAUGGUCCCUACCAGCGCCAUUGGGUGGAGUGUCCCAAGUUCAUGAUCCGCAAGAAGAAGGUUUGUGCCUACGAAAAACUGGAGGGUUUGGAUCCAGCGCGUCGUGUGGCCAAGCGGCGGGAUACAGCGACGAAAGGCCCAGCUGCAGGACCCUGUCCCCAUUUUGCUCCUUUGGCGCGUUGCGUGCCGGGACGUCGUCCGCCCAAAUGCAAAAGUGCCAAGACGCCCUCUUGCUGCCGUAAACUGUGUGCUCCGAUGCCCUCUUGGUCGGAGUGCAUCAAGCCCAGGCUAGCCAGGCGACCCCAACGACCCCGAGAAUGCGAAUGCCGAUACCCCCUAAGCCUAUGCGAAGCUGAGCGGGGUCGUCAGUGGGUUAAAAUCCAUGGUGAGAACCACGUCUGUCCCGCUGCCAUCGCAAAGGCCAAGAAGGCGAGGAAAGAUGGUUUCAAGAAAAAGAAUAAGAAAAAGAAGACCAAGAGUAAGAAGGGAGGAAAGGAUAAGAAGCCCAAGGACAUGAAAAAGAAAUAA